AAGCAUCUCUUGUCUCUCCUUGUAGUAACACUAACAGACACCUACCCCCACACUGAUCCCAGUAGUAAUUCCAAAUUCCCAAUUCCAAUUCAUCUUCUUUCCCCCUCCCCUCCUCUCCUCUCCCCUCCUCUGCGCUGCUUUUGCUCAGAUCCCCACCUCCUCCUCCCCCCAAUCUCCGCACCAUUCCACACUCCACCGCCACCACUGCGCGCUUACCACCUCCGGGAAUUCGAGGCCGGCGGCGGCGGGGAGGGGCCUCGGGUGGUGGGCGGAUCGGGCGCACGCAGCAGCAGCCAUGCUUCAGAAGUUCGCGCUCGCGUUCAAGACCAAGACCAUCGAGUUCUUCGCGGAGGAGGAAGAGGAGGAGGACGCCGAUGGCGGGGAGGUGCUGGCCGGUCAGCGGGUGGUGGUGCUCAAGCCCGACCCGCAGCAGGAUAGGGGAAGAGGGGAGGCGGAGGCGGAGGCGGCGGUGGAGGCCGCGCUCGCGACCGCGUCGUCGUUCCAGGCGGCGUACCUCCACCUGCAGGCGGCGCACGCGCCGUUCCUCCCCGAGGCCGCCGCGGCCGCCGACGCCGCCGCGGUGUCGCACCUCCGGAGGCUGUCGGAGGUGAAGCGGCUCGCGAGGGUUCCCCCCGGCGGGGGCGGGGGCGGGGGGACGCUCACGGCGCACCUCGAGGCCCAGGUGCGCGAGAACCAGGCGCUGCUGCGGUCGUUCGACGCCGUGGUGAACCGCCUCCAGGCCGCGCUCGACGCCAAGGACGCCGUGGCCUCGUCCCUGCGGAGGGACCACGCCGCGCUCGCCGACGGCUACGAGCGGCUCGGGGCGCGCCUCGACCGCGCCCUCGCGCCGCCCCCCGGCGCGGGCGGCGACGACGCCCUCGGCGCCAUGCUCUCCGCUGGCGUCUUCGACUCCGUCCUGCGAGAUGCGCUCCGCGUCGCCCACCGCUUCACCCGCUCGCUCGCCGACCUCCUCAGGUGCGCUGGGUGGGACCUUGCCACCGCUGCGGCGGCUGUCUACCCCGGUGUAUCCUACUCCAAGCCUGGCCACUGCCGCUACGCACUGCUCUCCCGAGUUUGCCUAUCCAUGUUCGAUGGCUUCGAUUCAUACCAAUUUGGCAGCACAGGUGAUGCUGACACACUGGAAGGAAUCGAUCUCACAAUUCGCAGGAAUGAGUCACUGCAGCAAUUCAUCGAGCACUCAGAUGCAGACCCAAUGGAGCUUAUCAAUUCAAGCCCAGACUGCGAAUUCGCCCAAUUUUGCGACCGGAAGUACAAGCAGCUCAUUCAUCCUGGCAUUGAGUCCUCACUGUUUGGGAAUUCUGAUUGCGGAAAAUUGCCGGUGCUGGGUGUGGCCGGGCCACUCUACGAGCUGUUCGUAGCAAUGGCAAGCUCAAUAUGGACACUUCAUAGAUUGGCCUGGGCAUAUGAUCCGGCAGUCGGCAUAUUCCAGAUUGGCCAGGGCGCAGAGUACUCGGUGGUUUACAUGGAGAGCAUUGUGCGUUCCAAAGGAUUUUCAGUCAGCAAGGAGCAUGGAAAGAUGAUUCGACCCAAGGUCGGUUUCACGGUGGUGCCGGGAUUUCGGCUUGGCGGGACGGUGAUCCAGUGUAGGGUGUACCUAGAUUGUGGCAAGAGGGAUGGAGUUAUAGGUGAAUGAAAUAAUAUAGUCAAAAAAGAAACUGUACAUUUGGAAACAAAAGGAGGUUUGUGUAAAGGCAAUCAAGAACAGUGUCAAAAUAACCUUCGGAGAGUCACAGUUGCUGCUCGAUGAGUAGCACAAGAUAGCUACUUAUGUUUCAUUUUUAGUUUUGGUUUGGGUAAAAGCGGGUUAUUCGUGAUUUGUAGUUUUGUACAAAGGCCAUCAUAUUCUGAGAGCUGUGUGCUAACAUUGUCAAAGAGCUAUUUAUCUAAUUAUUAGUAAUUUAUUCAUA